AUGUAUCUCCCAUCAUUCUCCACAGCACUCGCAGACUCGGCCUUUCCAUUCAACUGGAUUUACGACGCUAUGCAUUUAUUCGUCAUGUAUCUAGCUGCGUUCUUUGCUGCUAGUCCCCAGACUAUCAAAGCACAAGGUGGUAACAGCAGUGGGGAAUAUCUGAUUGGGCUUGGCAUCGGAGACGUUACUGGGUAUGUUUCCGCCUUCUGCUGUUCUUCGGAUACCUCUCAUGAUACCUCCAACAGCCCAGUCGUCGAGACAAAUAUGAUGGUUCGUCCCACUUCAUCCCUAAUUGGCUAUGCAUACUUACCACAAACUGACACUGGCCUCCACAUGCGUCAGCGCAGCCGCGCAUUUAUUGUCGCCGAUGCCUCAAACCCAUCUGAACGUGUUCUUUUCAUCAAUUCUGACAUUUGCAUGGGCGACACGGGAAUCCGACGAACCAUUCUCUCCUCUCUUCAAUCGCUCUACGGAAACCUGUACACGCCUGCCAACACUGCCCUCGUCGGAACUCAUGCCCACAGCGGCGUUGGCGGUUAUCUCGAGAACCUUCUCCCACAAGUCACCUCCCUCGGAUACGUGAACGCAACCGCAGCCGCCAUCGUCUCCGGUACCCUCAAAGCCAUUGCAGACGCGCACAACUCACUCGUUCCGGGUAAUCUGAAACUCGGAAACACGACGCUGCUCAAUGCGAAUAGAAAUCGGAGCCCGAUGGGAAAAGCGAUGUAUGAGGGGAAUCAGGAUACGACGGUUACGGUCUUAGGCUUCGACAAUGCGAAUGGAGACGCGACGGGGUUGCUGAGCUUUUUCCCGGUGCAUGGCACGAGUUUGUAUGAGAACAAUACCCUAGUGAGCGGUGAUAACAAAGGCAUGGCAGCGUGGAUGUAUGAAUCAUAUAUCGAGCCUUCAUCAAUGCCUGGCAAUAACUCCUUUGUUGCAGGAUUCGUACAAUCCAACGUGGGCGAUACCACCCGAAUACCCUAUUGCGAAUCACCCGGAAAACCAUGGGAUGGCCAACCCUGCGAGUUCGAGCAUUCGACAUGUGGUAAUCGAACCGAAGACUGUCACGGACGGGGUCCUGGCUUCCAUAUAUCGGAUUUCGAGUCCAAUAGGAUAAUCGGGCAGGCACAGUUUGAAGCAACACGGACUGUGAUGGAGGGCAGCAAAAUGACCGCUGUGAGCGGGAGUGUGAAGAGCGUUACUCUUUCGCGGGCGGAACCACGUAAGCCCAUGUCGCUUGAUCACUUCCCAUCCCAUAACGCGUCCUCCAGUGAUGGCCCCGGCGCCUUCGACUUCGUCCAAGGAGACAACUCCUCCCAAUCCCAAAACCCAUUCUGGGAAGUCGUCAAAAGAUUCCUAACCCCAGCCCCAUCAGAAGAUCAAAUCGCAUGUCACUACCCCAAGCCCAUAUUACUGAAUUCGGGAUAUAGCCAUCAGCCGUACGACUGGUCGCCUGGGACAGUGGACGUGCAGAUGCUGAGGGUGGGGCAAUUCGUGAUUCUUGUGAUGCCAGGAGAGUUGACUACUAUUGGCGGGAAGGAGGAUGAUGGGGAGAGGCUGAUUGCGGAGAGUGUCUUGGACGAUAGUGCGUAUGUAGUGAUCGCAGGUCCUGCAAAUACGUACGGACACUACGUCACAACGCGCGAAGAGUAUGGUAUGCAAAGAUACGAAGGUGCUAGUACGAUAUUUGGACCUGCUACGCUCGACGCGUAUAUCCACAAGUACGGCGAGCUCGUUUCAUAUCUCGGAGAUAAUGCCACUGGUACGAGUAAGGCGAUCUCGUUACAGACUUCGGUGGUCGUUGACAAUCCUCCCAUUUUCAAGCACUUUGGAGACGUCCUCGUCGAUGUCGAGAGCAGCACAUAUCACGCGGGAGACACUGUAGCUGUGCAAUUCGUCGGGGCUAACCCAAGGAAUAAUCUGAGACUAGAGGGGACAUUCCUCACUUUGGACAGACAAAUGAACAGUAAAUGGGUGGUGGUGAGGACAGAUUCGCAUCCUUCGACGACGUACGAGUGGAAUCGGACGAGCACGGUACUUGGCACGAGCACGGUUGAUAUCAGAUGCGGGACAUACCGAAUAACAUACUACGGCGAUUCAAAGUCGCUCUUGGGAAGUAUAUCGGCGUUUACGGGUGAAUCUUCGAGUUUAUUCCGUAUUGGAUUUAUACUAUCGUCAUCAAUAUGUCUUGACGGCGGGGUACCUCGUAUGUCGAUUCACUAA